UCUCUUUCUCCCUCGCUCGCUCGCUCUGGUUUUUAUUCGUUCCCUCUGAAACCCUAAUCCUAACCUUUCGAAUUCAUCCUUAUCGACAAUCGCCGGUCAAAAUGACUUUUACAGGUCGAUUCCGCGAGCUCAUGAAGAAAUACGGUAAGGUUGCUUUAGGAGUCCACUUCUCCGUCUCUGGUGCCUCUAUAACGGGACUCUACAUCGCCAUUAAAAACAACGUUGACGUUGAAUCUCUUCUCAGCAAAGUCGGUAUAUCCGGUGUGGCCAAAGAAGAACCAGAGAGGAUCGAAACAUCGAUGCCUCAAUCCGAAACUCCCGAUGGAUUCGCCCUCGAAAAGACGCAGGAGCUCUACAUCCCAUCUGAAGAACAGUUGAAGAAGAAGUCUCGGACGGCCGAGUUGGCGGCUUCCAGUGGCGGAGCACUUGCCUUGGCUGUUCUAUGCAACAAAGCUUUAUUCCCUGUUCGGGUUCCGAUCACUGUUGCUCUCACUCCUCCGAUCGCAAGAUUCCUGGCCAGGAGAAAAAUUAUCAAGAGCCAUGGACUUUAGAUGGUGGAAGCUUAAUUGUAUCCAUUUGAUUAUUUAUGUAUUGACUCUUGAGAUUUGAAUCCAGAGAGAAGCGAGUUGGGGAAGACGAGGGGAGGAUUUCCUU